GCGGGAAAACAUUGUUUCCGUUUGAGCAGCGAUACAGCGGCGUUGUGUCGGUCAUCACUGGUGGCCAAUCCAGUCAUAAUCGAUGACAAAUUGUCGUCAUCCUUGCCAUCAACCACUUCGCAAUUGCCGUUCAGGCUGUUAAUCCACUGGGAAAACGUCUGACCACCAGAUUUGGUGUCAUCGAAAUGACGACGGCGUUGAUGUGAUCGUAAAUUUUUGCGACAGUUGAACGCCCGCUGCCGGCAACCGGUCAAUAGACAUCGAUAGCGGACAUCGGUGUGUUGGCUAUAGUGGUGAUCCUUUAGCGACUGUAACUGUGUAAACGAUUUCGUACAUCCGAUUACUGAACACCGAUACGGCCGCAAACAUAAGUGAUUUAUCUGGAUGUGCCGUUUGAGCUCCUGUUUGCGUUUGCAGCCAAUACAAUAUGCUGGCGGACGUACAUCUGAUUGACCGACCUAUAGGAACAAUCUACAACUAUUUGAUAGCUUAUUAUAAGCUAUUAAAAGAGUCAAAACCGACAAAAAUAGAUACAUUGAAACAAUUUGAACGAUAUCUGCAAAGUCCACUGAUUGGCGUACUUUCGGUUACAUUUGAAGAGUACGCCAAUAGACGUGUGGACGACAACAACAAACCGACAGUUUGGCCGCUGAUUGGCGAUCCGUUUUAUAUGACCGGCAAUCGGAUGCUAUUUAAUUUAGUGCUCGCGUCGAUUGCAUUGAAUGCAUCGGCUAUGCGGACAAUAUUUUUAAUAGCUGAAAGACGCCAUAACCUGGAGUUUCUUAAUGAUCUUUAUUGUCUGCAAACCGGUUGCAAACAUAGUCUUAACAAACAAAGCCUACAAAAAAUGAACAACCGAUGCAUACUGUCCUACCAAUUGAUGCUCAAACAGAUCCCAUUGAAUGCGUUGCUAUUAUUUUCACUAAUCUAUGGCUAUUAUACAAUCACUGCCAUCCAAAAACAAGACUACAACUAUACCGUUGCGGUAUCGUUGGUGUGGUUCGUAUUGACCUCAUUGGCCGCAUGGGUAGCCGCGUCAAUGCAAGGCAUCAGCUAUAGUCUGCUCUAUCUUAGCCAAUACUAUCUGAGUAUGAGAUUCGCACAGAUAGACAAUCACAUAACUCAUGAGUGGAAGUGUCACUUCAGACAAUUAUUGUUGAAAUUUUUGAAUAAUCACAACCAUAUUGCUUCUCUAUAUAGCCUUUUUCGGAAGAGGUAACCUACUGUUCUGUAUUGGCAACGGUCUGAUAGCUGUAAAUAAAAUUUGUGUCAUUUGUUUGGCCAUAUAUUCGUCGGCAAAAUUUUCGGAUAAAAUACACGGAUUGAGUAUUUCACUCUACAGUUUAUUGAUAACCAUUAAAGUAACUAAAGGA